GGCAUGUGUAUCUCCUGGCAAUCUGGUGCAAACACAGAUUCUAAGUCAAGAGAUCUGAGCUGGGCCCCAAGACUGGUUUCUAAUAAGCUUCCAGGAGAUGCUGUGGACAGAGACAUAGGAUCUACAGGACUGAAGAAGGAACCAGAACCCAAAACAGGAGAGAGUAGACCAGAUCUCCAAGGCCCAGCCAGCCUCCCCCUCCUUCCCAAUAUUAGACCCUGAGCAUGACCCUCCCUUCCCCACUCAUGGGACAGGACCUGGCUCACUUCCCGACAUGACAUCACAGGUCCCUGGACAUUCCGCAGUAUCCUGGAGACCAAGGCAGGCGAAGCUGAGGGCCUUAGGGGAAGGUCUUCCUCCUUCAGCUGGAGAGAACAUGGCAGGGAACAGAGGAGUGACCCUGUUUGUCCUGCUGCUGUCCUGCUGGCGUGAAGCCAAGCUCCAUCCAGUAAAAAUAUUUUCAGGUCCAAGCACGGCAAUACCAUCAAAUUUAAGAAUUCUGGACGACGACGUGGCUGGAGUGUUUGAUGAAAUUCUAGUCCAAGAGAUGCUGGAUCCAAAUAAAUCAUCAAUAGCUGGAAAGCAAAGGACAGCAUCAACAUUAUCAACAAAAUUGUUCACGGAAAAAAAUGCCCACACUAAAAGGAGUCAUAAGAUGGGUAUUAAUAAGAAGGAUCAUAAAAAGGAAGUCUCUUCUGGGGAUGAAGACAGGCUUUCCCUUAAUGAAGAAACAAUGUAUCAGAUUAAAAACCUAGCAGCUCUGGAAAAAAUCAUUUACAGCCUUCAAAGAGCUUUAGGCAAAACUCUCAAGCAAAAAAUAAGGAAGCACAAACAUUCGAUCAGAGUAGCCAAACUGCGCAAGAGGAAAUGGACCCUGAACUGAGAAGCCGGACCACCUGAGGGGACAGCCACUCACGCCCACCAGUAGGAAGAAGAAUGAAAUA